AUGGUGUCUUUGCUGCAGUUCGCUACCUUCGCCGUAGCCUCCACGCUCACCGUUAGCACUACAGAUGCAAGGAAGCUCUCGACCGGCGUCUGCUACGCGCCGUGGCACCACUCGACCGUCAACUGGAACGUGCUCGCCGCGGACAUGGCCCACAUCUCCCAGUACUUCUCCAGUAUCCGCACCUUUGAAGCGUUGAUGAGCGGCGUCAACGUCGUCGACAUGGCAGCAGCCGCUGGACUCCGCGUCGCUGUGGGCGUGCAAAUGGGGAACCCGUCGCGGAUUGACGCGGAGAUUCAGGCGGUUUGUGAUGGCUACAAGCGGAACGCAUGGGCGGUUGAGGCUGUGUACGUCGGCAACGAGAACCUGCGCAACGGAGGCUUCGGCACAUACUCAGCCGAGCAGAUCGUUGGAUACAUCAGACGAGUGAAGCAGUGCGUGGGCAACACGCCGGUUGGCUCCGUGCAGCGCAUCAACGAGUGGCUUGGAGCUUCCGGCGCAUGGACAUUGGCGAACGAAUGCAACGUCAUCGGAGUCAACAUCUACCCGUUCUUCACGCCUGGUUCGCAGUCUUCGUUGAAGAAGUUGGAGGCGCAGUGGGGCCAAAUGACGUCCAAGUUCGGAUCAAGCAAGCUUCGCCUGACCGAGACGGGGUUCCCGUACGCGGGUGAGAGUUACGCCGGCAACGUCCCGUCGGUCGGCGCAAUGACGCAGUUUUUCUACGACUACAUGUACGGCUUUGCGAGUGGCAAGGGCCAGUCUUACUGGUUCAUGAUGUACGACACGACGGUGAGCUACACUGGAGCGGAGUACGAGAAGCACUUCGGGCUCUUCGGCACAGACAAGUCGAAGCGCAUUAGCAUGCCGUAA